UGCAUGUCUUUUGUAAAGUUUUAAAAUGUAUACAUUAACAUAUAAAAUAAAAUAGAAAUAAAAAUAAAAUGUAUUGAUAUUUGAAUGUGCUUCGUGACAGGAGUUAGCUUUCUGUAGGAAAACUUUAUUUUCCAGCGCUUGUUGUGAAGACGACGAUUAAUCUUUACUAACAAAUGGCAGGAAGUAACGUUACUAUGUUUUCACUGCACACCAGGAAACCGAUGAAUCCGAGGUUUGGAGAGGUAUCAUUAGACAUUUUAACCGAUAUACUGUCUAACCUCAACUACAGAAACAAAUCCAACUUGGAGAAAGUGUCGGAUUUCUGUGGGUGUCUGAAAGAAAGGAGGAUAGUGGAGUGUGUGUUUCAUCUCUGUGAGGAGCUGGGACUGAAUCCUGCGGUCGGAUACCACGCAAUCGAAAUUCUGGAGAGGUUUAUGGCCAAAUAUAUUGAACAUCUAAUCCGCAGCCAGAAAGGUCAAGGAGCAUCAUCUGAGGACACUGGAAAAAUUGAGGAGCUCAUCUUCCAAACGCUCAAGAAGAAGUUCUUUCUCUCCGUCCUCUCAAGCGUUCAGAUAGCCAGCAAACUGGACCUGUACUCCAAUGUGGUUAACAAUGACAUCGCCAUGAGAUUUCUGCAGGCAGUCGGUUACCCUUCCUCCAAAGAGCAGCUCUUGGACUCUGAGAUUCUCGUUUUAAAAACUCUCAACUUUGAUUUAAAUGUCCCAAAUCCAUUAACAUACGUGGAGACCCUUUUGGAAGUGCUGGGCCAUAAUGACGCAGCUGUCCCUGUUGUUCAACUACAUCACCUGUGUGUGCGUGUGCUGCAGUUCAUUUACCUGCAGAGGGAGACCAUCUACAACUCAUUGCUCAGAUCUGCCACUGGAUGCUCCAGUCCUUCACUUGAACAAAGAGCCAGGUUUGUGUGUGUGACCGAGGACUUCAUGCUUCUGGGAGUUGGAGUCAUUGCUGUGUCCGCCUUCAUUCAUCAUAUCUCAACAUGGGAAAAGGUAGUGGAGGAGCUGUCAGGAAUAACAGGGAUUUCAGGCCAGAGUAUCAUGGAGUUUGCGUAUGUCACCCUGACACACAUCACCAAGACCAAAUCCGUCUGAUAUGACAUGUGAAGACCCGAUUACAGCUCGAGUACAGAUAUAAGACAUGUGUAAGGUGAUAACAUUGUAAAUAUAAGGUUCAUAUUAGAAAACUUCUGUUGUAAAGAGUGCAAUGUAAAGAUAAAACAUGAAAAUGAAAGAGGAACUUGCCAUUCACGUUUCAUUAUGCAGUGAUUUCUUCUCUUCGCAAUGAGCACACAAUCUUCUCAGAUAAAGUAAUUCAAUCAUAUUUUCAACUCUAUUUUGUUAUCUAAUAAAAUAAGUCAAUUACAUAAAGUGGCUUGUUCCCAUUAGAUUGUGAAAUAUAAGAUGCUUGGUUAGGUUAGUCUGAAAUUAUGACACUCUUCACUUAACUUAUGCACUGUGUACUCAAGAAUCUAGUAUAUGAAUUAUAUAUAUAUGGUAAUUAAAUCUGUGACUUAUUAGUACAUGAAAUGGCACACAUUCCACACUUCUUUUUUUUUCAGUUAAUUAAGUUCAUCAUCAGUCUUUUGAGGUGCAACAGCAAAGAAUAAUGUGUACUGUACGUGUGAUAAUUGGGACGUUCAAACAGUCUUAAUUAGCAUAGAGGUCAGCUGACCCCUGCUUUCAGUCUUUACUCUUUCACAAGACCUCAGGGCAAGACUGAAAAUAAGAUGUUAUUGUUGUUAUACAAGCUGUAACAAUGUUUUUUAAAAGUAUAAAUUAUUGGUUCGGUCUGAAUCUGGACUUUUAAAGGGCAUGUAAAUGCACAUACUGUUGGCUCAUCCAGUGAUGUGACUUCGGGCUGAUUAGUGGCAAAGGGGAAACAUGUCUGAAAACAGUCAAUAUUUUUGCAUUUGUGUUUGACGACCUACAGAGACAACAGCAGCAAUUAUCUCACUGGAGCAAGUUUUAGAGUAUUUAUUUGGCUUUCUUUGGUUCUGGAGAGACUCCUCUUGACUCGUGUGUUACUUAUCAAGCAAAUAAGGGAAGAUGGAGAGUCUCUGCCCGAAAAUGUGUCUUGUGUCUUGUCCGAUGGCCCACAGCUUUAAUUAUGUGAUCUAAAUCUUUGUAUGUUCUCUAAAAGAUAAAUAAAUAAAGUAUAAACACAUUAUAGGUGCAUUAUAUGGCCAAAUAGCAUCAUAAAGUAGAAAUCUGCAAAAAUAUCAUGAAGCAUUAUAAUAAACAUUGUAAAUGUGCAGGUUAUUGUACAGUGAAGUAUAUAUAUAUUAUAAAUGGUUAUUGUAAAAAUAAGGUGAAUAGCGCCCUCUUGUGGAAAACACAUUUCAAUCAGUGGUGUGGAGGUUACU